AUGCCCUCGUCCGGCCCCUCCGCACGCAGAGGGCCGUCGGGGGCGUGGAACAGACUCAAGCCAGUCGUCACCGACCCUCUCGAUGCUUAUGGAUUACCGUCGAAGGGAGAGCGGAGACUACACGACUACAAGACCCAAGAGACCUACUACGGGCGCAUCGUCGAGCGGUACAUGAAGUUCUGCGCCUCGACAGGCGGCAGCGAAGGACUCGAAAAGGCCUUUGCGGCCCUCGCCAUCCGGGACAACAACAACAGCAACACCACCACCACCACGAGAGAUGAGACCGGCAAGCCCAUUCUUGCUCGCCAGAUCUCCAGCACCGACCGCCCUAACGACAUGCCCAGCAUCCUUCUUGCGAUGCGAAAACUCCGCGAGGGAAUCUUGGGCUCCCGUCGCCGCGACAGCUUCGCCCAGCGCGCAUAUAUGUUCAUCAUCCACGCGAGCAUCCUGUCCCGACACUGGGAAUCGUAUCAGCCCGCCUUGCUGUACCUUCUGCAUCAAAUCCAUCCCGUCACCCCCCUGGCCCCACCAGAGCUGCAGGAGUUCGUCGGCUAUCGUAUCCUUGAUCUCGCUUGUCGCCAGUAUGAACUUCUCGACGCCAUGGCCGUUAAGUUGGAAUUCAAGCAUCGCGACCGCCGAGUAGCGACCGUGCUCAGAUCACUCAUCCACGACGACUGGGUCCGCUUGUGGAGGGUGAAGCGAGCAGUCGAUGGCCACCAGCGUGCCAUCCUCGAGUUUACGGUCGAGCGAAUGCGUCUCCACGCCCUCAAAUGUGUCGGAAGAAGCUACAUGAAUGCGGACAAGGCUUUCAUCGAGCGCACGGGCGAUGCACAGUGGGAUGAGCUGGUGAAGACCGGUGUAGGAUGGCAGCUGCAAGAAAGCGGAAAUGUUGUCAUUCGAAAGCCAAAGGCUAAGUGA